AUGUCCCCGACCGAAACCUUCCUCGAGUACAGUACACGGGCGCGCACAUUGCAAAGUCUUUUCAACUUCGAUGCCGCGGAGACUGCAAAACUCGGGGACCUCCAAUUGGCCCAGUUCUUGGUAUACGGGUUGACGGAUGCCCUACAGGAUCGAAUCAACGAACGCCAGCUUCUCGAGACGUCCCCCUUUACCUACGGUCCAUUCGAGAAGCAGGCCAAUGCGUCCUUCCUCGCACUGCAACGCCCCGCCGAAACACCCGCUUUGCUCCGCCCAACGUCGAGUACGACACCGAAUCUAUCCCGCGACGAAUUCAUCUGGAGGGUACAUUCCUUCCUCGACUCACGGGGCCUUUGCCACUUCUGCAAGAAACACUGCGGCAGUGUGAACGGUGCUUGCCCGGGACCGCUAAAUAGGGCCCAUGUCGACAUUCCAGCUAACUAUCAAGCCCCAGCGAAACCGGUCGACUACUCAGCCCCGCGCGCUUGGAGUAGCCCAUCCGGCCCAUUGUCCACCCCAGGAAAACCCACUCAACCUCCCGCGGGUCGACCUUCAGCCCGUGCCGCAAGCGUCGCAGGUGUUACAGACGUCACGCCCCUCGAAGCCCAAGUCUCGGCACUACAACUAGACGCAGCGAUACGAGAGGACGGCCGUUGGGAUACUUACUUCAACGAUGAAGGUUACUACCCUAGUAUGGAACCGGCCGCUGUGGCGGCACUUGAAGAUCUUGACAGACAACUACUCGCGAACGAGAUUGAGAAGGCCGAACAGGCCGACCUAGCGGAUGCUAUUGCCGGUCAUCUGGGACAUGCCUGA